UCUCCCUCUCCCUCUCUUUCAGUUGAACGGUUAUUCCCUUCUCCAUUCCAUUAUUUAGAUAAUCCCAAACCCCUUUCCCCAUGGCCUCCCCCUGAAAAGCUCACCACCCAUUUCUUCUCUUCGUCUCAAGAUCCCAAAUUCGAUUCCUUACUUUAAAUCCUCUGCUAGAUCUUCUUGUUCUUCAUCUUCAUCUUCAUAUUCAAUCCAGAAGCUUAAUCCUGCUCUCUCAAAUUGAUGUUUCUAUCAUCCUCGAGAAGAUACUAGAAGGAAAACGAACAAGAGCUUGGAUUUGGUUGGAGUAAUGAAAAGUACGAAAAGUCCGAAAUACAUGGAAUGCUUCGACUUCAAUCAUUUCGAUCUCCUUACUGAAGAAAUCGUAUUCGCGAUUCUUGACUUCCUAGACGAGAACCCUCUUGACAAGAAAUCAUUCUCUUUGGUUUGCAAAUCUUUUUAUGUUUCUGAAGCUCGACACCGGAAGACCCUGAAGCCCCUACGUUCUGAGCUUCUUACCACAAUUCUUGAUCGUUAUCCUUCUGUUACGCAUCUUGAUCUUACUCUCUGUCCUCGGAUCACCGACAAUUCCCUUAUUGUUAUCUCUUCGGUUUGUAAAUCGACGUUGCGUUCCAUUGAUCUAUCUAGAUCUAAGUGUUUCUCUCACGUGGGCCUGUCUAAUUUGGUUAUCAAUUGCUCGUCUUUGGUUGAGCUCGAUCUGUCUAAUGGUACUGAGCUGACGGAUCCUGCUGCGGCGGUGAUAGCGGAGGCAAGGAAUUUGGAGAAGUUAUGGCUGGUGAGAUGUAAAUUGAUUUCUGAUUUGGGGAUUGGAUGUAUUGCGGUUGGGUGCAAGAAGCUGAGAUUGAUCAGCUUGAAGUGGUGCUUAGGUGUUACUCAUUUGGGUGUGGGUUUGCUUGCAAUCAAAUGCAAGGAGAUCCGUAGUUUAGAUCUCUCUUACGUUCCGAUUACUAAGAAAUGUCUUCCAUCUAUCUUGCAACUACAACAUCUUGAAGAGUUGAUUCUUACAGGAUGCCUUGGUAUUGAUGAUGGAGACCUUGCAACCCUCAGACGAGGGUGUGCAUCACUUCAGACACUCAAUAUGUCAUGUUGUCAAAAUGUGACACAUGAAGGUUUAUUUUUUCUAACAAAUGGAGCUGGAAAUCUACGCCAACUUAUUUUAGCAUAUGGCUCUCCUGUUACACUUGCGCUGGCUGGAACCUUGCAAAAGUUCCCAAAACUGCACUCUAUCAAAUUAGAUGGUUGCCUUGUCACUAGUGAUGGGCUAAAUGCCAUUGGAGAUUCUUGUGUAUCACUUAGUGAAUUGAGCUUUAGUAAGUGCUCAGGAGUGACAGAUGAAGGUCUAUCUUCCAUUGUGGCAAAACACAAAGAGUUGAAGAAACUGGACAUAACUUGCUGCCGCAGGAUAACUCAUGCCUCUAUUGCGAGCAUCAAAACUUCAUGCACCUCUCUUACUUCUCUCAGGAUGGAAUCUUGUAGCCUUGUUUCAAAGGAUGCCUUUGUCUCGAUUGGACAGCAUUGUCCUUUUUUGGAAGAACUAGAUGUGACAGAUAACAGCAUUGAUGAUGAAGGUCUAAAGUCCAUCUCAAGGUGCUCCAAUCUCUCUAAUUUAAAAAUAGGGAUUUGCUCAAACAUAACAGAUGAGGGACUUAUUCAUAUUGGCAAGUGUUGCCCAAAACUUAAAGAGCUCGAUUUGUACAGGUCCAUGAGAAUAACUGAUUUAGGCAUUGCGGCAAUUGCUUCUGGUUGUUCUGGGAUAGAGAUGAUUAACAUAGCUUAUUGUAAAGAUAUAACUGAUCACUCUUUAAGAUCAUUGUCAAAAUGCUCAAGAUUAAAUACACUUGAAAUUCGAGGAUGCGUUUGUAUUUCAACAUUGGGUCUCUCAGCCAUUGCUGUGGGCUGUAAGCAACUGACCAAGCUUGACAUAAAGAAGUGCUACAAUAUUGAUGAUGCUGGAAUGCUUCCUCUAGCUCACUUUUCCCAAAAUCUCAGAGUGAUAAACUUGUCAUAUUGUUCUGUAACUGAUGUGGGACUGUUAGCAUUAGCCAGCAUCAGCUGUCUGCAGAGCAUGACCAUCUUGCACCUGAAGGGUUUGACUGCAAAUGGUCUAGCAGCAGCACUGUUAGCAUGUGGCGGGCUAACAAAAGUCAAGCUCCACACAUCCUUCAGACCCUUGCUCUCCGAACCUCUUCUCGAACACAUUGAAGCCCGUGGCUGUGUUUUCCAAUGGAGGGACAAACCUUUCCAGUGUGAAGAAGAUGCGAGGAGUUGGAAACUGCAGGCAGAUGUGGUAUGAGUUUUGACUGAUUAGUGUAGGAAGGAUGGAGAUUCCUCAGUCGGAGUUGGUCCCACACUGUAUAUAUAUUAUGGGGAAAAAGUUCCCCACGAUGCUAGUGUACUGUUGCCCUUGCACUUGGAUCUUUUUAUUGUUCUCUCUCUCCUACCAUGACCAUAUGGGCUUCAUGUGGAUUGUAGUGGUAUGGAAAGUUUCCCCACAAGAGAUUCCGCCGCGUUGCCUCUCCCAUAUAUUAUAUGAAGCACGUUUGGAUUCUAUUAAUGAUUGUGGACGGCUGGCUUCAGUUAUUUGGGUAGGGUGGUCCAUUCAUUAGGUUAUGUGUCGUCUGAAGCAUCUUGGAAUAGAUUCUAGGAAGUAGGAAAGUUCUGGUGGUGUUGCUUUCUAAUUUUAUAUCUUUAGAUUUCGUUGCAUUUACAGCAUUGGAUGGCACCUAAACUGGUGCAAUCUAUAACUCUUCCCUCUUUAAAUUAUUGUUAUAGCUUGUUGGAGGAAAAAUACUCCCCUUAGCUUGUAGUUGUGGCCAAUUGAGAAAGCAAAUGUGAAAAUUUCUAUCA